AUGGCGGCGGAAGCGGAGAGAGAUGAGGUUGAAGCAGAGAGAGUGGAGAGAACGGAGGUCGAAGCAGAGGUGGUCGGAGCCGGCGGAGGUGAGGUCGAAUUGGAGACGAAAGAGGAGGAGGUCAAAUUGAAGGGAGAGGGAGCCGAAUUGGAGAAGCCGGAGGUCGAAUUAGAGAGAGAAGAGAUCAAAGAGGAGGUGGAAGAGAAGGCUGAAGAUGUGGUGGAUGAGACUAUUAAGACUGAGGCCGAGGCGGACAUGGCUGAUCAGACCUUGGAGACUAGUGAUGCGGCGGAUGUGAAGGAUACUUUAGAGGCUGGUGAUGCGGCGGAGGAGGGGAAGGGGAAUGAAGCAGAGGGACAUGAGGCGAAUGUGACCGACGGGGUUGAGAAGAGUAAUGGGACUGAAGAAGCUGUGGAGGAAGAUGUGGAUGAGGGGAAGGAGGCUAUUGUGACUGACAAGGUUGAGGAGGCUGUUGAGACUGAAGCCGUGGAGGAGGGGAAGGAAGCUGCAGCCGAGGGACUUGAGGCUAAUGUGACUGUGACAGAGAUGAGUGAUGAGAUGGUUGUUGAGAGUGCUGAGGCUGUGGAGGAGGAGAAGAAAGUGUCUGAAGAAGAGGGAGAUGAGGCAGAUGGGAAGGAGUUGGUUCAGGAGUCGGUUGAGACUGAGGUAGUUGGGGAGGAGGGACUCGAGGUUGAAGUAGAGGGACAUGAGGCAAAUGUGACCAUGGAGGUGGUUCAGGAGUCUGCUGAGACUGAGGUAGCUAGGGAGGAGGGACACGAGGCUGAAGCAGAGGGACAUGAGGCAAAUGUGACCAUGGAGGCUGAGGAGGCCCUGGAGGUGGGACAAGAGGGGGAAGCAGAUGGAGAUGAGCAGGAUUUGAACGUGAAAGAAGUGGUUGAUUAUCCCAUUGAGACUCGGGUGUCCGGUGAGGAGGAACUUGAUGCUGAAGUAGAGGGACAUGAGUUGAACGCGACUGUGUCUACUGCGGCCGUGGAGGAGGCAGAUGUGGGUGACGAUGUAAUGGAGGAGACCACAGAGGCCGAGGAGACCGAGGCAGCAGGGGAAGGGGCAGAAGAAAUGGAGGCGGACGAGAUGGAGGGAGCAGAUGGAGCAGAAGAAAUGGAGGCGGAUGAGAUUGAGGCUGCAGGGGAGGAAGAGGCAGAGGAAACUAAUACGGCUAGCCUUGGUGGAAAGAGGAAGCGCCGAAAAAAUUCAAAGGCAGCGGUGGCCUCUGAAAAAGUUCUCUUAAAAAAGAAGGAAGAGGAUGUCUGCUUCAUUUGCUUUGAUGGGGGUGAGCUCGUGCUCUGUGAUCGGAGGGGAUGUCCCAAGGCAUAUCAUCCUUCGUGUGUUAAUCGUGAUGAGGCAUUCUUUCGGUCCAAAGGUCGAUGGAACUGUGGUUGGCACCUUUGUAGCAACUGUGAGAAGAAUGCCCAGUACAUGUGUUAUACAUGCACCUUUUCCCUGUGCAAGGCGUGCACCAAAGAUGCUGUUAUCUUUUGUGUUAAAGGAAACAAAGGCUUUUGUGAGACGUGCAUGAAAACUGUUAUGUUGAUAGAAAAGAAUGAACAUGGAAACAAGGACAAGGAAGCAGUAGAUUUUGAUGAUAAAAGCAGCUGGGAGUACCUCUUCAAGGAUUAUUGGAUAGACUUAAAGGAGAGGUUAUCUCUAACGCUUAAUGAUCUUGCACAGGCCAAGAAUCCAUGGAAGGGAUCAGCUGGACAUGCUAAUAAACUUGGGUCACAUGAUGAACCUUAUGAUGCUAAUAAUGAUGGAGGGUCUGAUUCUGAUAACUCUGAGAAUUUGGAUUCAACUAACUCUAAAAGAAGAAAGGGUAAAAAACGGUUGAAGACCCGUGCAAAAGGGAAAAAUUCUUCAAGUCCAGCAACUGGUUCUGGAGGCCAAUCUGCAGAUGACAAUACAGAUUGGGCAUCAAAAGAACUCUUGGAGUUUGUUAUGCAUAUGAGAAAUGGUGACAGUUCUGCUUUAUCUCAGUUUGAUGUUCAGGCUCUCCUGCUAGAAUAUAUAAAAAGGAACAAACUUCGUGACCCUCGCCGGAAAAGUCAAAUAAUUUGUGAUUUAAGGCUUCAAAGUUUAUUUGGGAAACCACGUGUUGGGCAUUUUGAAAUGUUAAAGCUUCUUGAAUCUCACUUUUUCAUGAAAGAGGAUUCUCAGAUUGAUGAUCUUCAGGGAAGUGUUGUUGAUACUGAAGGUAAUCAGUUGGAGGCUGAUGGGAAUUCUGAUACUCCGACAAAAGCCAGCAAGGACAAGAAACGUAAACGUAAAAAGGGUGAACCUCAAUCUAAUGUUGAGGAUUUUGCAGCCAUUGAUAUUCACAACAUUAGUUUAAUUUACUUAAGGCGCAAUUUGGUGGAAGAUCUACUUGAAGAUAUGGAUAACUUCCAGGAAAAGGUUGCUGGUUCUUUUGUCAGAAUUAGAAUUUCUGGUAGUGGUCAAAAGCAAGAUUUGUAUAGGCUGGUCCAAGUUAUAGGUACUUGCAAAGCUGCUGAGCCAUAUAAAGUUGGUAAAAGGAUGACCGACACCUUACUAGAGAUUUUAAACUUAAACAAGACAGAGAUUGUUACAAUUGAUAUCAUCUCAAACCAAGACUUCACUGAGGAUGAAUGCAAACGACUGCGACAGAGCAUAAAAUGUGGACUUAUCAAUCGACUAACUGUGGGUGAUAUUCAAGAGAAAGCAGUGGUACUCCAACCGGUCAGAGUCAAAGAUUGGUUGGAAACAGAAACUGUGCGACUUCAACACCUUCGUGAUCGAGCUAGUGAAAAGGGCCGUAGGAAAGAGCUUAGAGAAUGUGUAGAGAAGUUGCAGCUUUUGAAGACCCCUGAGGAACGCCAGCGUAGACUGGAGGAAACUUUAGAAAUACAUGCAGAUCCAAAUAUGGAUCCAAGUUACGAGUCCGAGGAAGAUGAAGAUGAAGGAGGUGAUCAGAGACAAGAUAGUUAUACUAGGCCCACAGGAUCUGGCUUUGGCAGGAAGGGGAGGGAACCAAUUUCUCCACGAAGAGGUGGAUCUUCUUUGAAUGAUUCUUGGAGUGGGUCAAGGAACUUCUCCAACAUGAAUCGUGACUUCGGCAGAAGCAUGUCUAGUAAAGGAAUCUUCAACAAAGUAGAGAAUUCAACUGGAGCUGGUGACAUAGUGAAUGAUACAUGGGGUCAAGGAAGAGAAACACCACAAACAAACCACUGGGAAAACAAACAAAAUAUAUCAAGUCUAGAGACAGGUAGUAGGAAUACACAAUCCGUGGUACCAUCUGAAGCCCUUCCUGCUGGUGCACCAGAAAAUAGAGGGGCACCUCUUUCCUUGGGAGUGGCACAAUCUGGGGCCAAUAUCAAUGAAACUGAAAAAAUUUGGCAUUAUCAGGAUCCAUCUGGGAAAGUCCAGGGGCCGUUUUCCAUGAUACAGCUGCGUAAAUGGAAUAACACUGGCUAUUUUCCUCCCAACUUGAGAGUGUGGAAGAACACCGAUACACAAGAAGAUUCUAUAUUAGUAACUGAUGCAUUGGUGGGCAAGUUUCAGAAAGAUCCUUCAAUUCCAAAGGCUCAAAUGGUGCAUGAUUCACAUCUGAUGCCUGCAAUUUCUGGAAAAGCUCAAGGAGCUCAAUUACAGCAGACUUCAGAAAGCCAAGGAGGCAGCUGGGGAGCUCAUGAAAUUAAUUCUUCCACAGGCAGGGGUACUCCAUCAUCAGUUGAGGUUCCCAAGUAUUCCUCAGAUGGAUGGGGUACUACAAAUUUUCCUUCACCUACUCCAUCUCAAACUCCCAUUACUGGGGCAAAGAGGCAAGCUUAUGAGAAUAAUUGGUCAGCCAGUCCAGGAGGCAAUGCAGUGGUGCAAUCUCAUGCGGUGCUUACUCCAGAACGUGCAAUGCGAGUUUCUGGAAAUGAUCAUUCAACUUCUCUACCUGGUAUGACGGCAACACCUAAUUCUCUUCAAAUGCAUGGUCAGGUAAAUGUGUCGGGACCGGUAUUGGUCAAUGCCUCAAUGAAACCAUUACCUGAUGUGCAAAACAUUGUUUCAAAUCUGCAAAAUCUUGUUCAGUCCGUGACUAGUCGUACUACUGCUAGUGAUACUCGAGCAUGGGGUUCUGGUACAGUACCUGGAAGUGAAUCUCAACCUUGGGGAGGUGCUCCAUCCCAAAAGAUAGAACCAAAUAAUGCUACUAAUGUCCCUGCCCAACUUCCGGCCCACGGUUACUGGCCUCCUACUAACAAUGGUACCUCAUCUGUUAAUACAGGAAGCUCAGCUGGAAAUUUCCCAGCACAAGGGUUGUCUGGUGUUCCAAACUCUGAUGCUUGGAGACCGCCAGUUCCUAGUAAUCAAUCAUACAUUCAGCCUCCAGCACAACCUCAGGCACCUUGGGGCUCAAGUGUUCCUGAUAACCAAAGUGCCGUGCCAAGAAUGGGGCAGGAGAGUCAAAAUUCUGGAUGGGGGCCAGUGGCAGGAAAUUCAAAUGUGGCUUGGGGAGGACCAGUACCAGGAAAUACAAACAUGAAUUGGGUUCCUCCUAGUCAGGGUCCAGGAUGGUCUGCAUCUGGUCAAGGUCCAGUACGUGGAAAUGCAGUUCCCAGUUGGGCUCCUCCACCUGGUCAAGGACCGCCAUCUGUAAGCGCUAACCCGGGUUGGGCCCCACCUGGUCAAGGGCCGGCACUUGGGAAUCCAAAUUCUGGUUGGUCUGCUCCCACUGCAAAUCAAACUCAGAAUGGAGAUAGGUUCUCAAAUCAAAGGGAUCGCGCUUCUCAUGGUGGAGAUUCUGGUUUUGGUGGGGGAAAGCCUUGGAAUAGACAGCAAUCAUUUGGUGGUGGAGGGGGAGGAGGUUCUUCCAGGCCUCCGUUCAAAGGGAGGGUGUGCAGGUACUACGAGAGUGGGCACUGCAAAAAGGGUGCUGCCUGUGAUUAUCUACACCCUGACCAGUAAAAGUUUUGGAACUAAUAGCAGCAGAGCAGUAAUACUGUACAGUAGUAUCUCCGUUGGUGAAUUUUUAUUUUGUAUAAGCCUCUGUCCAAUCUAUUAUAAUGGCGGCAGUUCAGUUUUUUGCCUAAUUUUAUCCUCCUUUUAGCAAGUAGAAUCCUUAUUUAUGAUAGAAAGUGUAGUUUUUGGUAGAUCAGUGGAUGUUGGUUGGGAUCACCUUAUGACUAGUUAGUAGUUACAUGUCAUCUGUGUCUUUUCUUAAAAGUUUCGACAUUCCAAGUUUGGGAUGG